AUUAGUAUGAAUUGUUUUGGUGGUAUUAUUAGUUUUCAAAAUUGUUGAAUUACUUAUUGGUAAUUAUUGUGACUUUUCGUAAUCUCGAUUUUGGGGCAAAAAUCGGAACUAGUAUAAAAAACGUCUGGUAGCAAGCUAGUCUUAUUGUGAAUGGUUCAAUCACUACAUCGAUUUUUCGAUGGGACUCGCCGAGUAUUUUAACGAUUGCUGUGACUGUCUUAGUAAAUUUUGCUACGCUUGCGCCACAUUUAUUUAUUCUGUGUCUUUAUGUGCUAUCAGCUGUAUGUGUUUUGGUAUGGCGCUGGGAUUUCUGUUAUUCAUAAUUUACUACGUAUCAUUUUACCCAACAACACCUUCCGCAGUUUUAGAACACACAGGCAUGUAUGAGUAUGUACAUGAAAAUCCUGAAUUAAAGAGAAGCGUUAAUUACAAUUAUGAUGAGCCAGACUUCAAUGAUCAGUACUAUGAUGAUUCAGAACCAGGAAGUGAUUACUUGUUCAGGAGCAAGAGGAACUUAACUACUCCAGAUCCUGUGAUUACCUCAACUGUCAGCCCAACCACUCCAAGCUCUGGACAAUCCAGUUCCAGCACCAGCUCUGACAAUGUCCAGUUCACAGCAUCCUCUAAUGCAACAAGCCAAGAGUCUACCACAGACUUUGGUGGAGACUCCGAUCAAAAUGCCACCACUAAAAAACACAAGUCGUUAUUCGGGCACACAACGACCACCUCAGCGCCAGAGGUGACAGAGUACGACCCAGACUUCCACCUCGCGAACAUCAUCAUGGACUCGGUAUACACCUACUCUGAGACAGCCAACAUCAAAGCGACUCUAGGGCUGUGUCGGCAGGCCGCUGAUGUACAGGUGGGCGAGUACACGGCUAACCUCUUCCCUGCCGAUGAGGCCAACGAAAUACUCAAUUGUAUCAAUGACUUGUUACACAAUCAGACCAAGAAACAGCUGUGUAUACAGCUAGACGAGGAGAUGAACGCGUACUUAAAGUGGCUUAUACUGACCGGCGAGCCCAGGGAGAAGCACAAGCCUAUCAACAUAGGUCCUCAACCCGACACUUUCCUGUUCCCUACAUCGGAGUGCGGCAAGCAACCUCCGCUUGACCAGCCGCCGUGUUUGGUGGAAAACGGGUUCCGUAAACAUUUGGAGAGGCGAUUUGACAAACAGGAAUUUGAUUAGGUGUUUCCAUUUAUUAAAAAAAUGUUGAAAGCAGACGGCUCUUCAUCAAAUCUGUUUAUCAAUUGCAUAAUUAGUGUAAUAAAAUUUGCAUACCAUUAUUAUAUCUUCGCAUUAUGUAGGGAGGUGGCAAUAAAGUAACUAAGAUGUAAUGCACAUUACGUCAUAUAAAAUUCAAUGUACAUUUGGAAUUCGCUCAAAAUAAAUUAUUUUAAUUUUUAGACGUAA